AAUAUCUGCUUUUGUUCUUCAAAUUUAAAGAAACAACUCAUCCAUAAAACGGGAGUCAAAGAAAUUAAUAUUCGUGCCGUGUUGUGCUGCCCCGUUUCGUUUAAUGACGUACAAAAGGAAGCCACUUUAAGGGCUGCUCAAUACGCUGGAAUCGAUGUCGUCAAAUUAAUCCCGGAACCAACUGCUGCCUUCUAUUUCUAUGGCAUUCAAAAACACGCAUUUAACAUUGAAAAUGAUAUCACCAAAAAAGAUACAAAAGUGCCUACUCGAUACCCUAAAAUGCCAACUGAAAUUAAUGAAGGAAUAUUCUUGACCUUCGACUUUGGAGGAGGAACUUUGGACACAACCGUCGCUCAACUUAAAAAUUCGAAGAUUACGUUUUUGGCGGUGAACGGGGAUCCGAAACUUGGAGGUAUCGACAUCGACUUAAAGUUGACAGAAAUAGUCAAAAUGAGGUGGAAAAAAGAAGAUGAAAAUAGAUUCAAUACUGUCUUUUUUGUUGGUAAGAAGCUCACUCCAAGCAACGAAAAGAUAUUAAAACGACGCGAAUAUAGACUUCGAAAAUUAGUGGAAAAGGCGAAGAUUGCUCUUUCAAUAGCACAACAAAGUGUUGUUGAUUUGUCAGAGUUUUAUUGUGGAGUUGAUAUUGACGAUGAUGUUAAAACACCGAACAUAGCAAUUUCAAAAGAAGACAUUGAAAUUGGAUGCAAAAAUAUUUUCCAGAGGUGUUUAAAUCUUGUCGCACAAACACUUUUAGAAUCCAAAGUGCCAAAGAACAAGUUGACUAAAAUUCUGUUAGUAGGAGGCAGUUCACAAAUGCCGUAUGUGCAAACGCUACUUGAGAAAGAAUACGGCAAAAUAGUUUUAAAGGAUUGCGACUGUAAUGUAGUAGUGGCUGAAGGAGCUGCUCUAUAUUGUCGCAAUAUGGCACUUCAUGGGGAAACAAAUGUGAAUGAAAUUACAUGUAACGAAAUUGAAAUGAGCGGAGUGGAUAGUACUAACAAGAAGGUGGUGGUACCAAUUAUUGAAAAGGGAACAAAAAUUCCUUUUAGUAACACGUUCCCCGUUUUUCCCAUUAGAAAUGACGUGAUUGUCGAAUUGUAUGAAAACAAGAAGAAAAUCGGCGUGUUCGUAAUUGAUAAGAUUCAGAAAAAGACCAAAAAUGAGUUGUUCGAAUGCGAAGUUAAAAUCAAUACAUUUGGUAUUCUGGAGGUAAAAUGUAUCGGGGAAAACAGAUGUGCAGUGAAUGUUGACAGAGAGAGGAUACAGACCGAAUCCGAAGAUAUGAAAAAGAAAAAAGAUUACAUCGAGUCGUUCUUAAGUUGCUGA